AUGUUGGCAAAGAACUAACACAUUGUUUGUAACGAAACAGGUCUGUCUUCUUCGCCCGGAUGCGUCUUCUGUUUCCCAUAUAUCAUCCUCUCUUCUCUUCUCCUUCUCCUCUGUCAUCAUUACCCAUUUUCUCCAUUUCUCGUUUUUUCCUUUCUUCUCUUUCUCCUUCUUCCCUCAUGGCCCCUCCUCCAGCUGCUGCUGCCAUGGAAUACCAAGAAAGUGCUCCAAGUAACACUUUUACCAUCAACGAUGGCUCUGGUGCUGCUUCUGGUGCUUUUCACAUGUCUAAAGUCACUGUUGUGGGUAGUGGCAAUUGGGGUAGUGUUGCUGCUAAGCUCAUUGCUUCUAACACUCUCAAGCUCACAUCUUUUCACGAUGAAGUAAGGAUGUGGGUGUUUGAAGAGGCGUUACCAAGUGGUGAGAAGCUAACAGAUGUCAUUAAUCGAACCAAUGAAAAUGUUAAAUAUCUCCCUGGUAUAAAGCUUGGUAAAAAUGUUGUUGCAGACCCUGAUCUUGAUAAUGCAGUGAGGGAUGCAAACAUGUUGGUAUUUGUGACUCCACAUCAGUUUAUGGAGGGUAUAUGCAAAAGGCUUGUUGGGAAGAUAAAGGAAGGUGUAGAGGCUAUUUCACUUAUCAAAGGAAUGGAGGUCAAGAUGGAAGGCCCUUGCAUGAUCUCCAGUCUUAUUUCGUCGCAACUUAGGGUUAACUGUUGUGUGCUAAUGGGGGCAAAUAUUGCAAAUGAAAUUGCCGUUGAGAAAUUCAGUGAGGCGACAGUUGGAUACAAAGGGAACAGAGAGAUUGCUGAGAAAUGGGUUCAGUUAUUUAGUACUCCUUAUUUCAUGGUCACUCCGGUCCAAGAUGUGGAGGGAGUAGAACUAUGUGGGACCUUGAAGAAUGUUGUGGCACUGGCAGCAGGCUUUGUUGAUGGUCUGGAAAUGGGUAAUAACACGAAGGCAGCAAUAAUGAGAAUUGGUCUAAGGGAGAUGAGAGCCUUUUCCAAGUUGUUGUUUUCAUCUGUUAAGGACAGCACUUUCUUCGAAAGCUGUGGUGUAGCCGAUGUCAUCACAACAUGCCUGGGAGGAAGAAACAGGAAAGUUGCAGAGGCCUUUGCAAAGAAUGGGGGAAAGAGGUCUUUUGAUGAGCUUGAGGCAGAGAUGUUGCAGGGCCAAAAAUUACAGGGUGUCUCAACAGCAAGAGAGGUGUAUGAAGUUUUAAGUCAUCGUGGAUGGCUAGAGUUGUUUCCACUUUUUUCAACAGUACAUGAGAUCUGCAUUGGUCGUCUUCCACCAUCUGCUAUAGUUGAAUAUAGUGAGCACAAACCCAACUUCGCCCUGGUGGAAGGCUCAGCUCAAUAUUAUUGACUUUUCCUGAAGAAAAAAGUAAUAUAUUUCACGCAUUUUAGCAUAAAAUGUCAGCAUAAUUUUCUUAUGUUGAGCGUCAUGGCACAGGAAAAGGUUGGGUAGAAUUUUGGAUUUUCAGAUAUGUUUGGUUCCAAGAUAGCAAGAUGGUUCACCGGGCUUACAGCCUUCCUACUAGGGAAGCUUCAAGGUUGAAGUCGAAGGCAAUUAAGAUUAACACUUAAUGCUCCUUUAAUUUUCUUGUUUUACUGUUAUAUCAAAUAGUAAAAAUUGUAGACAUGAAAUAUUUAUGCAAAAUGAAUAAUAAUUUUUGCAA